CCGGGCUUUACGUCUCUUCCAGAGAAAAUUUGUUUACGUACGUUUACUUUUGGUCAUUUCACUACGGGCUAUUAUCGGCUCUACCCUGCUCUCUCUUCUCUUCCUCGUCUUUCCUCUGUUUUUGCCAACAAUUUCAGGCUUUUCUUUUGCCAACAAUUUCAGGCUCUUCUUUUGCCAACAAUUUCAGGCUUUUCUCUCUUCUCUGCACGUUUUCCGCGGCCUGUCAAAUGGCGAAACUCGGAGCAUCCUUCGCUCCUUUCUUUGCCUGAACCACCCUCGACGGAAAAUUCAGACCAUGGAAUUUGAUUAGAGUUCUUGGCGAUCUUUUAAAUACAUGUGAUUGCCGAUAUUUUGGCCGGAAACUUCAUCAAUAGCCGGAACUCGAGCCUGGAAUCACCGGCGAGCCGUUUUUCCGGAGCACCAAGAAGGGGGUCCUAUUUCUUGUCAUUUCCUUCCCUGUGCUGGUCACUUUUUUCAAUAAAUUUCAGUUCUCCAUUAAAUAGAAAGAAAAGGGCGUGAUUUUCACCAUUAAUGACCUGAACUGAACCCUGGAGUCGGUGUCGAAGUCAAGCAUUGACUCAAGAGCUGGAAAAGGGAGCUCUACCUUUUGUUAUUGCACACUCUUUUCUCCAUUAAUUUUCAGUUAGUGGGCAAGGGAAAAGGAAAAGAGAAGUGAAUUUCAUCAUUUUUGAGCUGAUAUUCUUGAGAUUAUUUUCUGCGUGAAAUACAGUGGAGUUUUUUGCCGGAAUGUGUGGGUGGCUUGAUUGGAAGAAAUGGACGAGAAAGAAAGAGGGUGAUGAUGAAGUUGCAGAAGAUAUUUGGAGCUUGUUCUUUGAUCUAAACACCUUAAAAGCUGCUACUAAUGACUUCUCAGAAGAUAAUAGGCUUGGAAAAGGGGGUUUUGGCCCCGUUUAUAAGGGGAGGAUGGAAAAUGGUCAAGAAAUUGCAGUGAAGAAGUUAUCACUUGAAUCAAGACAAGGGUUAAGGGAAUUUGUCAACGAAAUCAAAUUGUUGUUAAAAGUCCAACACAGGAACCUGGUCUUGCUACUGGGUUGCUGUGUGGAAGGAGGGGAGAAGAUGUUGGUCUAUGAAUAUUUGCCCAACAAGAGCUUGGACAAGUAUGUCUUUGAUAAGAAUAGGAGUAUAUUGCUGAAUUGGCCAAAACGUUUCGAGAUAAUUUUGGGGGUAGCAAGGGGCCUUCUCUAUCUACAUGAAGAAGCAUCAGAGAGGAUCAUUCAUAGAGACAUCAAGGCAAGCAACAUACUGUUAGAUAAUCAGAUGGUUCCUAAGAUAUCAGAUUUUGGGUUGGCAAGGCUCUUCCCUGGUGACGAAAGCCAUGUCAGCACAUUUAGAAUAUCUGGCACACAUGGCUAUAUGGCUCCAGAGUAUGCAUUGCAUGGGUUCUUGUCGGUGAAAUCUGAUGUCUUCAGCUUUGGGGUCUUGGUGCUAGAGAUUGUGAGCGGUAGGAAGAGCUUUGACAAGGACUUGGAUGAAGAGAGCCAAGAACUUCUGGGCUAUUCAUGGAACCUAUGGGGAGAAGGCAGAGCUUUGGAGCUUGCAGAUCCAAAUCUCGGUUCCUUCGCAUCCGAGGAGAUCUCCCGUUCCAUUCAAAUCGGAUUGCUAUGUUGUCAAUCAAAUGUAAAUGAUAGACCUACAAUGUCUUCUGUUCUUUUGAUGCUUUCUGGUCAUUUUGAAGAAUUGCCAAAGCCUGGAAAACCAGGUCUUCAAGGUCGAAUAGGAAGGUUCACUAGUUCUAUGGGUGAUAAAACCACUAAGCAUGGGUUCACUAGUUCUAUGGGUGAUAAGCCUAGUUUUGGUACGUCUUCAGGUGUCAAGGUUUCCCAUAGUUUACCAGAGAGCCAUGUCUCUAUGGACUCUGUUAAUGAUAUUUCAACGUCUUUCAUGCACGGGAGGAUGGAAGAGCGGCUCCUCCUCUCUCUCCUCUUCUUAUCUCUCCUCAACCCCUCUACUUGCACAGAUCCACAAUGGGUCCGCUGCGACAACUCCCAAAAUUACACCUCCACCUCCCCCUUCUCCGCCAACCUCGCCCAAUCCCUCCGCCGCAUAAAUGAGUCCACUGCCCACACCGGCUUCGCCGUCCUCACACAUGGCAGCGGCGAUGACAGUGUCACCACCCUCGCGCAAUGUGAGUCUGACCUCGGGUUCAACGACUGUCAGCAAUGCAUCACCGACGCCACGGCGGUGAUCCGACAGCGCUGCCCUAACCAAAAGGUAGCGCAAGUCUGGUACGAGCUCUGCACGCUCCGUUACUCUCAUGAAAACUUCACCUCGCAACCUCUCAAUGGCGUUGUAUAUUUUGUCGUUACCGUGGCCAACACCACCGAUCCUGAUAGUUUCAACAGUGUACUUGGGCAUCUGUUGGGGGAGCUCUCAGAUAAGGCGUCAGAGGGGGGGUCUCGGUUUGCUGCCGGAAGUUCGACUGUGUCAGACUUCCAGUCAGUCUAUGGGCUGGUUCAAUGCACCCGCGAUCUAAGUCAGUCAGACUGCAAGACGUGCUUCGAAGAAGCUGUGGCUCAAAUCGCGAGGUGUUGUGCCGGAAGAGUUUCGGCUCUGAUAGGCUCAGGAAGCUGCGUCGUACGCUUUGGGUCGUCGCUGUUCUAUAAUUGGACGGCGGUGGAGGCCGCGCCACCUACACUGCCGCCACCACCAGUGCGAGUCGCUCCUCCGCCUGUGGAGAUCGGCGGAGGUGGAGGCAGUAAUAAUAGGAUUGGAGCAGUGGUGGGGGUAGCGGUGGCGGUGGCGGUGGCGGUGGGGGCGGCGGUUUUUUUGGGAUUUUUGUGUGUAAUGGGGAUAAGAAAGAGAAGAAAAAAGAAUCGGAUUGUGAGGAAGAGGAGAAAGGUUAGUGGAGGGGCGAUGAAGAGGGAGGAUGGUGAUGAGGUAGGAGAGGAGGAAAGCGUCUUUUGGAAAUUGAGUACGUUGAAACUGGCCACAGACAAAUUUUCGGACGAGAAUACCCUCGGGAGUGGUGGAUUUGGGGCAGUUUACAAGGGGAGAAUGAGAAAUGGGACAGAGAUUGCGGUGAAAAGGCUAGCGGUGGGAUCGAAUCAGGGAAUUAAGGAAUUCAAGAAUGAAGUGAAGCUGCUUUUGAAAGCACAACAUAGGAACUUAGUCAGAUUAUUAGGAUGCUGCAUGGAAGGGGGCGAGAAAAUGUUGAUCUACGAAUACUUGCCAAACAAGAGCUUGGACAAGUAUCUUUUUGACAAACGAUUGAGUGCAAUACUAGAUUGGCCUAAGCGUUGGGGAAUCAUUUUGGGUGUGGCUCGAGGACUUGUUUAUCUCCAUGAAGAAUCUGUCCUAACGAUCAUACACAGAGACAUCAAAGCCACUAACAUCUUACUUGAUCACACCAUGAGCCCUAAAAUCUCAGAUUUUGGACUGGCCACACUCAUUGGAGGAGAGGGUACUCAAGUUAAGGCCACAGGAGUUGCAGGAACAUUUGGAUACAUGGCUCCUGAAUAUGCACUCAAUGGCAUCCUUUCUCCAAAAUGUGAUGUCUUCAGCUUCGGCGUGUUGUUAUUGGAGAUACUGAGUGGGAGAAAGAACUACGAUGAAUAUCUCGAUGAAUCAUGUCAGGAACUUUUACAAUAUGCUUCGAAAUUAUAUAAAGAAGGGAAGCUUCUACAAUUAAUGGAUGUGAAUAUUGGAUCUUACCCACAAGGAGAUGUACUAAGGUGCAUUAAAAUAGGGCUGUUAUGUUGCCAAACUAAUGUAACAGAGAGGCCUACAAUGGCUUCUGUGGUGCUAAUGCUCUCCAAUUCUACCAUGACAACAGCUCGUCCAGGACUGAUUGGAUAUAAUAGGGGAAACAAGAAGCCUUCUUCAUUACCUUCUCGGAACAGGCACCAUGUCUCUAGGAACUCAGUUACUUUAUCUUCCUUGGCUCCAAGAUGAUAAGGAAACUAUUGUUUGAUUGUUUCUGCAACAUUAUUUACAAACUAUAUCUUUUGACAAAUCAUUGUUUUCAGGCCAAUGCCUGAUUUACAUAUUAAUGGGAUUUAUUUAUAGACAAUGGAGAAGAGAAAGUUAUGCUUAACUAUGGAAAUAAUUUA